CUGAUUGGCCCGUUGGCCUCACAGAUCGUGAGUCUAAUAUUGGACUUCCUGGUCAAGUAAUGUUAGUGCUUUUCACAAGAGAAUCGGAAAACGCAAUUUGUCAGACUUAUCUCCGCUAACCCAAUACGUAAUCUAGUCGUCGGGUUUCAACGUUAUUUCGCAGUGGCAAACAGGGAGGGGAUCUAUUACCGUUAACAUUACUCACCAUAAAAGCUAGUACGCUAACGUUGACGUAGGGCUCUGUAUUGCUCUAGCCAUGUCCGCUUCGGCUGGAUCCUCCCCAACGGGUCAUAGCUCGGGCCUUGGCCCCGGUAUGUCUAUGUUUCGCUGGCUAGAAGUGCUGGAGAAAGAGUUUGACAAGGCCUUCGUGGAUGUGGAUCUGCUGCUCGGAGAAAUAGACCCAGAUCAAGUCGAUAUUACGUACGAGGGUCGGCAGAAGAUGACCAGCCUAAGCUCCUGUUUUGCUCAGCUCUGUCACAAAACCCAGACGGUUUUCCAACUGAACCAUAAACUAGAGGCUCAGCUGGUGGACCUCCGAUCUGAGCUGACUGAGGCUAAGGCGGAGCGAAAAGUAAUAGAAAGGGAGGUCCAUGACCAGCUCCUGCAGCUUCAUGCUCUCCAGUUGCAGCUACAUUCUAAGCAAGGUCAGGCUGAGGACUCUGAAUCCAUCAAAGACAGACUGCCUGCAUCAACUUUGGAAGAGAUGGAACAGGAGCUUGAGGUCAGCAAGAAGGAGAAAUUAGCAGAGGCAAGGCUGGAAACAGAAGGGAGACUAUUUAAGAAAGAAAAUGAGGCUCUUCGCAGACACAUGGCAGUACUGCAGGCCGAAGUGUAUGGAGCCAGACUGGCUGCCAAAUACUUGGACAAGGAACUGGCUGGCAGGGUGCAGCAGAUCCAGUUACUGGGCCGUGACAUGAAAGGACCUGCACAUGACAAGCUGUGGAACCAACUGGAGGCAGAGAUUCACCUUCACCGCCAUAAGACUGUCAUCCGAGCAUGUAGGGGUCGUAAUGAUCCUAAGAAACCUCUGCCCUCUCCUGUUGGACAUGACCCAGACAUCUUGAAGAAAACCCAGGGAGUUGGCCCUAUCAGAAAAGUGGUGCUAGUCAAAGAUGAUCAUGAGGGUCUUGGAAUCUCCAUUACAGGUGGGAAGGAGCACGGUGUUCCCAUUCUAAUUUCAGAGAUCCAUCCAAGUCAGCCUGCAGACAGAUGUGGAGGUCUGCAUGUCGGGGAUGCCAUCCUUGCUGUCAACAGCAUCAAUUUGCGAGAUGCCAAACACAAGGAGGCUGUCACCAUUCUGUCCCAGCAGCGAGGACAGAUAGAGUUUGAGGUGGUGUAUGUGGCUCCAGAGGUGGACAGCGAUGAUGAGAAUGUGGAGUAUGAAGACGACAGUGGCCAUCGCUAUCGACUCUACCUAGAUGAACUGGAGGACAGCAGCACAGCGGCACCCAGCAACAGCUCGGCAUCACUGCAGGCUCUGGAAAAGAUGUCACUGAGCAAUGGACCAGAGAAUGGAGACACUGGGAUCUCCAUUGAGACAACUUCAGAUGAAACCCCUUCAAAGCCACCUGAGUCUGACUGCUCUUCCUAAAGGCUCAGCCUAGCCAUUGGUAUUUGGAGAUAUAACGAGGAUUUGUGGAAAGAUUCCCUCUCAAAGAACUGAAUUAAAGAAUUCUAUGACUAGGGACAAGGGAAAAUUAACAGAGAAAGUCUAUUUUCCCUUUUUCCUCUUGGUGUUGUGGGGUGGUGGGAUUUGGGGGUCUGGCCUGGGCAUGUGGCAAUGAUUUGGGGUAAAAGUUCACAUUUGAAGAAGCGGAGGUGUAAAAUUUGUAGAGGAGGGAGCAAUACUGAACAAUGUGACUUUUUCUUGAUAUUAUAUUAAGAUAAUGAAAAUUGACAGGAUAGCUGUAUGUGAGAAAACCGCAGAAGGAAGUAGAUGUCAUGGAGGAACACUGACAUCAUGAAAGAAGAAGUUAUUCAUUUUGAAAAUGUCUUUCAGAGGCAGCUUUUGGAGAAAUGUUUGUGGAGUGUUGCUUUUGUUUGUACAGUUAUUCUAUUAUCUGUUCUUGACGAAAUAUUCAAGACUACAUUAUCCUACAGGGACCCUGGUGGAAGCCAGGAAAACAUCUCAGAAAGGAAAUUACUUUUUUUACGAAAAGAGACUAAAUCUGUUAGAUGUAAGUGAACAUUGUAGUUAGCGAGAGCAAGGCCAUUGAUGCUCUUUCACAUGAUUAAAUUCAAAAACCCUGUGAAAUAAAUAUCAAAUGGAAAAUGCUGUAAAAUCUUGCCUGUUACCAAUAACACAUUAAAAACCUAAAUUAGGUCAA